GUCACACCUGGACGCACUCGAGUCUAAACCAAUCACCUUCCUUCAUGUACAACUGCUGCACAAAAUCUGAGCUGCCCCUUUAAGGCUCUCUGCUCCGCCUGUUCCGGUGAGGCAAUCGAUCAGCGCGGAGAGGGCGGGGUUCCGGGUGGUGAGUGUCAGUGCGGCUGUAGUCGGUGGACGGAGCGAAAGAAGGGGUGUGAGGAGUGACAUCAUGUCUCAGCAGCGGGCUUUACCUCAAAGUAAGGAAACUUUGCUCCAGUCCUACAACAAGCGACUGAAAGAUGAUAUUAAAUCCAUCAUGGACAAUUUCACAGAGAUCAUCAAAACUGCCCGGAUUGAAGAAGAGCAUCAAGUGUCGCGCUCAACUCAAGGAGAGCAGGAUAACUAUGAGAUGCACGUCCGAGCUGCUAACAUAGUGCGUGCAGGUGAAUCUCUCAUGAGGCUGGUCUCCGAUCUGAAGCAGUACCUCAUUCUGAACGAUUUUCCUUCUGUGAAUGAGGCCAUCAAUCAGAGGAACCAACAGCUGCGAACACUCCAGGAUGAAUGCGACAAAAAGCUCAUUUCUCUACGGGACGAGAUUGCCAUCGAUCUUUAUGAGCUGGAAGAGGAAUAUUACUCCUCCAGCUACAGUGUGUGUGAGCCAAGUGAUCUCCCGCUGUGUGAAGCCUACUGGAACUGCGACAGCCUGGACUCCUCGCCUCCGGAUUUCUCUUCGCCAUUGGUAUUAGAGGAGACCGCUUCCAGCAAUAACCAAAUUCAUGCAUCUCCUCACCUAAAUGGCGGAGGCAUGGUGGAGCACAGCUGAGUGUUAUUUGUCCACUUCCACAUCCAGGUCCAUCAUCAGCAUGUACAUAGAUGGUCACUAAAGACUCACAGCUGCCCAUUCUGUUCCACAUUUACACAUAGGUAAUGUUCUAUAUUCACUUGUAAUCGGGUGCAAUAUCUGCAUUUUGGAGGGUGGGGGCAACCAGGUGCUUAGAUCUUCCAUUGCCAACAUUUCUCCUGAGAAGCUCCCAUGUCUCCCACUUCAUUGUAUUUGGUCAUACAAAGAGAAAAGAUCACCCACGCUCCAUAUUGUUGCCCACCUGUUUCCCCAACUGGUAGUGGAGUAUCAGUUGGUGAGUCUGCUGAUGUUUUUGUCAGGCCUCAAGCUAUAUCGGCCAUCAUGUGUAUUUUGACUCUAGAUCUUGGAUUUCAUACAGAGAAAGGCAAAGUCUGGCACAAUCACUUGAAAUCGAACUUUGUGGUAGCGCCAACUCUAUAAAGGUGGACAUUUUCCAGAGUGAGUGCUAUAUGUCCUCAUGUUCAAUACAGACAACAACUUUGUGCAAAAACCCAGCUUCACUAUAGACUGUCAUUAGAAAUGUUACAUUUGGAUGAUGUUGGGCUGGAUAAUCCUUCCCUUGAUAAAGGGUUUGGGGUGUCAGACGAUAUAUGGCUCACCCCUGCUUUAUCUUUGGCCUUCUACAUGAGAACCAUGUGUGCAGCAAUCUAUUACAAAGCCUUUCCAAUUGAUGUCAUGGGGCUUUAAGCCAUUGGGCUCCAGUUUGGAGAGGCUAAACUGAGUGCUGUCCAUUUAAACAAGCGGCUAGCUGUCUUCCAUAAUUUUCAAUGCUACUUGAAUCUUGAGAGCCCACUGAAGCUUGAUGGCAGCCUGUUUAAGGUGACAGUCUGCACUCGCAGUAAAAUUUUAAAUGUCACCGUACUGCAAUUGAGAUACUUUACUUAAAAGGAGAAAUACAACCAAAGCUCAUUUGGCUGGCCUUCUCCUGUGGAUCACAGGAGUGCAGUUCGUUCACUCCUGUGAACAGUUUUUCAGCAGACAGCAGGCUGAAGCCCACUGUCGGCUGACGUCUCAGAGCCGGUCCAGGUUUGGGCAAGAUCACAAUGGAGUUGCGAUAUGCCCACUUGCCUGGACCAGCACCUGACUCAGCCUCUGAGCUAGCCACUGAGAGUCUGAGCUGACCGCUCUCGCCCCCUGCACAAGCCCAGCACUCCAGUCAGCAGCUCUCUGCUCACGGAGCUGUGAGAACCGAGGGAUGAGCAGUUUUUGAUCGCUCAAUUCUCAGUGUCCGAGGUGCCAGGGGACAGAUGCAGCAUCCACCUAGGUAAGUAUAAUUCUUAAACAAACCCAUACAUCUUUUUUAAAGGUUAAAAUAAAGCUAGCUUUAAUGUUGCUUAAAGCUUUGUCAAAGCUUGUUGAACACCUUGCUAUUUCGCAUACUGAAGCCGGUGUGUACAAGGACUUGGGUUCCUUUUCACACUAGCGGUAUCCUGUAAUGUCCCGCUGAAAAACCAUCUGCAAUGAAUGGCUUUUCAGAGGGCAGUGAAAGGCCUUUCAGCCUAGUGUUCAGUAGGCAAUACUGAUAUCUGUUGCCUUUUUUUUUUGCUGCUGAACGGCAACUUUACAUUGUGGAACUGCACCGCAACUGUGAGCCAGUUGUUUGGCUUGUGGUUGCGGUGUAAUCCCAGUCACUUACAUGGGAGAGUUAAACAGGCAGAAAUGCUGGUCAAACUCUGCAUGUAGCAUUAAAAUUGCGGCAACACAAUGCAAAGCAUCACAGUCACAACAAUGUGUGUUGCUUUGAGCGGCACCAUGUCUGCUUGUAGGUUGGGUGGUGGUAAAACUGCAGUUUAACCAUCUGGUUUUACUGCCCUCUGACUGUCCAUGUGAAAGUAGCCUAAAUGUUACAUUUGAUAAUGCAAAUCUGAUGAAGCUGCUAUUUGUUAAAGAUAGUAGGGUGAUUGCUCUCCUGUGAUGUGUGGUACACAGGCUUUAUUCACUCCUGCCCAGGGACCCCUUGCCUCAUAGAAUGCUGGGAAUUGCAGUUGGGCAGCACAUAUGGUGUUAGUAAAUGUCCCCGCAUGGGGGAUUGGAAAUGGUCAGUAUUUUUGUAACUUUCAGUGAACAACCAGUAGGAGACGCAGCUUACCUGUCUGGCUGUACAGACUCCAAGCUGGAGAUGCUUCCUUUUUUUUUUUUUUUUUUUUUUUUUUAUUGUGAUAGUGUCUAUGUGAUCAGUGCUUCACUGAGCUGUGUGCUCUGGGAAGAGAAGGGUUAACUGCCAAGUGUGAAUAUUUAAACUUUUUAUUUCCAGACUGUCGGUAAAGUGCAGUGCACUACGUUUUUGUUUUGUUUUUUUUAUAUAUUUGGUUUCCAUGUAGACAAGUAACACUGUUGCUUGACAGUCGAGUUUUUUGGUUUUGUUCUGUAUAUAUUGUAGAAGGUAAAUUAAAAAUUAAAUACUUUUUUUUCUAA